UACCUUCACACACUACACAGAAGAAGAAUGGGAGAACAAGUAGUACUAAUCUCGUCAAGCAUUGUUCGACCCGUAAACAAACCCGGGUCGGACCGAACUAAGAUCCAUCUUACUCCAUUUGAUCUCAAUCUUCUUCACAUCGGCUCUCCUCAAAGAGGUCUUCUCUUUCCCAAACCCAAUCCUGACUUCCACGUCAUCUCUCGACUAAAGGCUUCUCUCUCUCUAGCCCUAGAGAUAUACUUCCCUUUCGCUGGUCGUCUUGUAAAAGUUGAGAAUCUUGAAGACAACACGGUGUCGUUUCUCAUAGACUGCGAUGGCUCUGGAGCUAGGUUUCACCACGCCGAAGCUAAAACUAUCUCGGUGAGUGACCUACUUCAACCUGAUGGCUCUGUUCCUGAUUUUAUGAAACAGCUCUUUCCAGCUGACGAUUUUAAGAACUGUGAUGGAGUUACUAAGCCCUUGCUUGUUUUACAAGUCACCGAGAUGAAGGACGGUAUCUUUAUCGGUUACUGUUACAACCACCUGGUGGCAGAUGGUGUUUCCAUGUGGGGUUUCAUCAACACUUGGUCCAAGAUUUGCUCGAGUGGUUCUUCAAGCUUCGUUCAUAAGCCUAUUGUUCUCAAGAGAUGGUUUCUUGAAGGGAUCCAUUACCCUAUCCAUAUCCCUGUUUCAGAGGCCGAGAGGCCACGACCAAGCCGUGAACUGCCCAUUACAAAAGAUAGGGUGUUUCAUUUCACAAAAAAGAAUAUUUCAGAUCUCAAAGCUAAAGCCAACAGCGAGGUUGGCUCAAGUGACAUAACCAUCUCUUCUCUUCAAGCGGUUACGGCUCAUAUGUGGCGGUCAAUUAUAAGACACAGUGGUCUAAGCGGAGGAGAGACGCAGUACAAAGUAGUGGUGGACGUGAGGCAGAGGGUAAACCCUCCGCUUGAGGAAGAUUGUUUUGGGAAUAUGAUAUAUAUUCAACAAGCUAUAGCCACUGUGGAAGAGCUGCUUAAUCGUGGCUUGGGUUGGGCUGCUUUGCAAAUAAGUAAAUUAGUGAGCUCGCAAACGAAUGAAAACUGUAAAAAGUUUGCUGAGGAUUGGGUUAGAAAUGUAAAGAACCUAAAAACAGGUGUUGGGAGUAGAACGGUUGGUGAUUUUGUACUUGUUGGAGGCUCUCCCAGGUUCGAGGUGUACAACAAUGAUUUCGGUUGGGGCAAACCGGUUGCAGUUCGAGCUGGACCGGGUAAUAAUAUUAGUGGUAAACUUGUACUUUUUCCGGGAAUUGAUGAAGGAAGUAUUGAUGUUCAGACAUCACUAUGGUCUGAUGUACUAGUGAAUCUACUAGGCGAUGUGGAAUUUUUAGAGCAUGUGAGUAUUAUGGUUUGAUAUACUAGUGAAUCUACUAGGGGACCUUAUGAUCUAUGUAUGAUUGGUUUCAUUAAGGAAUAAAACAGUUGAAUGCGUUUAUUUCAUAUGGAAAUAUACAAACCGAACAUAUACCUUAUAAGGGUUUAGCGAUUGAAUAUAUGAU